GAGCACUAGAAAUAUUACUUUAAAAAAUUCAAGUAAUUAUGGAUGAAGUUGAUUUGGAGCCAAAAAAGGACGAAGUCCAAGAUCCAGGGUGCGCUGAAGAUGUGCUAGAGUCUGAGGAAGCUCAAGUAGCCGAAAGUCCAAAAGAAACUCCAAGGGAACCAUCAGAUCACGAAGAGGAGGAAGUAAAAGUAGAAGAAGUUGAAAAGAAACUCGAGGCGCUGAAGGUUGAAGAGAAAGAAGUUAAACCGGACUACAAGAGAGGGGAGAGUGUAAUACUUAAAAGGGAAGUCUCUAUUGUUACCGAAGAUUAUGACAUAAUGAAAAGUGACACGCCUGUAUGCUACUUGUUAUAUGAAGGUGUUGAUAAUGGGUCAUUUUAUUUACAAUGGAAAGCAAGCACGGGCGAUGAACUACCAACUGCUGUGCUUCUCUGUGUGCCUACCAAGACUGUCCCCAAGUUUAAAAUUACUGCCGAUGGAGGAAAGUCACUCUUCAGUAACAAAGUUGUUCCUGACAAGAUGAAGUUUUAUUCCUCAAUAUGCCAGUUUAUGAAGAUGGCAAAGGAUUACAAGGCAAAAGUACAGUUGUUGCCGGGUUGGAUAACAAUUUUGCCAUUUAAAUCUGAUCUCCACUGUCACCACGAUGACAACAGGGUUGUCAAGGUUGGAACCGAACCUUUUGAUCUUGAAGGAGUAAAUCACGUGGCUAUUGCGGGUAAAAGUACCAGUUUUAGUAUCAAGAUGACUAAAGAACAAUUUACAGCUAACGUUAGAAACUGUGGCUACGGCCUAGCAUUGUAAUUUAUUUUUGCACGG